CGGUAUCACGUUCGACAUUCCGACGAACGUGUGUGUUAUCGGAUCCUCGCGGACGCGUAUGCCGGGGUGUUGUUUUUUUUUUCUAAAAUUCUAAAUUAUCCCUCGCUUGUAACUUGUAAAUAUCGAUCGUCUGUAAGCUGUAAGCUGUAAGCGGUAAGCGGUAGCACGAGUGAAACCACGACGGCUCUAACCUCUGCGAAUAAGUUUCUCCGAAAUUUUUAUAUGUAUUUACAAGAGCGAGAUAGAAUGUGUGUCUGAGCGUUCAGACGAAGGCUCGGCGAGGCUAUUGAAUGGUGAAAGAAAUAUAUUGAAUCUAGCUUUUUUUUUAUAUACUUACACGUGUCGAGAGACUGUUAACUCGGCGAUGUUAUCUCGUGUGUUUUUAAAUGCCGCCGCGUCAAUCCCAAUCCAACUAGAACUGCUGUAUAUAUUCUGUGUUGAGAUGACUCUUAUUCUCUUGAGCAAAGUGUAAACGCGAUAAAUGAGUGCUCCUGAAGAAUCGCUAAACGGUCAGGAUCCUGAUUAUGUCUCCACAACUUCCAACGACCAAGCCCAGCAAAAGAUUUACGAAGAAAAUGCAAGAAACACUACCGCAAAGAAGAUAACUGCAAUAGUGGAGAAAGAGUUCUCACGGGAGAUUGAUUUGAAGGAGAAGGAAAUUUUACAGAUACAGGAAAGACUGCACAAAACUCUCAAGAUCUUUCAUCUAUUGCGUUACGUCAUAAUUACUAACUUUUACAAUCGCAAGCAGUGUCAACGUCCCCAAGCUGCGGAGACCACGAAACAGACGAGGAUUCAUCCCGCGAUUAAAACGUUACUUGGAAAGUGUCCCAAAUCCACUGAUUGUACAGAUCUCGCGGUGCCAUCGACGUCCACCGAUCCCCGAUUUUUGUACAAUGAAUGUCUCGCGUCGGGCGCGAGCACCACGGCGAAUAGCACGCUCAAAAUCGAGGAAAAUGCAAACAAGCGUGAUGGCGCGUUACAAGGUGAGAAACGAAAAGCGUCGGACGAGGAGCCUCAACCUCGCAAGAUACCUCGUUACGUGCCACCGAAGAGCAGCGUGCCUGAGAAGGCAUGCCCGUCUCGUGGAAAUAGCCACAAGGUCCGCAAACGCAUUGUCGUCGGCAAUAUUUCCAAGUGGAUCCCGCCAGAUUGGCGAGAAGAUGCGUCGAGUCACAAGUGGACGAUGUACGUGCGCGGUGACAAAGAUGAGAAUGCCAACAUCGGAACUUUCGUCAGUAAGGUGAGGUUCUUCCUGCAUCCCAGUUACCGUCCAAACGACGUCGUUGAAGUCACGUCGUACCCGUUUCACCUGUCCAGACGAGGAUGGGGUGAAUUUCCUCUUAGGGUGCAAUUGCACUUUAAGAAUGCCUUGAAUAAGCCCAUGGACAUAAUUCACCACCUGAAACUAGAUCGCACUUACACGGGACUGCAAACCCUAGGCUCGGAGACCCUGGUCGACGUGUGGAUUCAUACGGCGGAAUCCCGUAAUCCGGAACAGAAUAACCACCAAGUCGAGUCUUCCAUUAAUAAUGACACUUUGGUAAAGGUAGAACCGAACGGUAAUGGUAAUAGUUUCGAAUUUACUCAUAAACAAUCGGCGAACGUCGCGGAAAUGUCACGGCUUACCGUGAACACUUCCGAGAAAAUGCAACUGAAAGAAAUGUCCGAAGCAUGCAAACGAUUGACGUCAUCAUUGGAUUUAACCGGAAUAAAAACUGAACCUAACGACGCCGACGCAACCACUCGCGUAUCCAACGACAAACAUGGAGAAGCGAUACGCAACCCCAUCGAACACGAUCAUAAUUAUUACAGCAGACAGUAUUUUAAUUCUGGUCCGUGUACUGUAAGAGAAGGAAACGUGACUGUGGAGCACUGUCCGGAAAACGACUGUACAACGUUCGCGAUCACGUCAGUUGAGAGUAACGAAAAGAACGCUGACCUAGUCGUUCCCUCGCAUAGAUUUAACGGUGAUAUCCAGUCUUCCGGCAACUAUCAGCCUUUAUCUUCAAAUUCAAACGCAACGACAGACGCGUCGCUAGUAGUAAAUACAUUCCAGAAGAACAAUAGUCAAAAGAGUCUGUCGUCACCCGACACGGUGAAAUCUUUACGAGCAAAAAACUCGAACAGCGAUAAUACUUUCGGGAUUUCAGAAACUAUCUCGGCCAAAGAUACAGUAACGACGACUAAUGGUUUCCACAAACCGUCCCGUGCCUCGCUCGCGUGCUUCAACAAUUUACAGAAAGCCGCAAGUUCCUCGGAAAUCAAUACGUCGCAUUUAAGACCUCUGCACAUCUCCAUACCACCGUCGAAUAUAUUCGCGUCGUCGACCAGCAAGCAUGUACUUCUUUUGAAGGAUAAGAAAUCAAUACCGGUGGAUCUCGCAAGUAUACUUCCAUCAAAAUCUAACGAAAACUCAAAAAAGUUCGUCGACGGCGACGUGAAAGUUUCUGUUCCGAGAGACGGUAGCGUCGCGAGACUAAACGUUCGCGUUCCUCAGGGCGUGAGCAUUCUGAAGAAGCCGCCUAACGCCAAGGCAAAUGCGCGAAAGGAAGGUACAGUUGACAAUAACAAAAAGGCUGUUGUACUCAAGCUGAAAAGCGCUAAUAGUCUGCUGCUGAACGUUAACGAGAACGUGCCGAUCCUGAAGAUAGCGGACUCGCGCGACCUGCGAAACACUUACGGUCUCGCCGAGGCGACGACAAGGAGCAAUCCGUUGAUUGGCAAGCAACAAGAAUCCGUAUCGUGCGCAAGAUCGGAGAAGACCGUGGUGCAACGGGCGAAGGUCACGCUGGGCAAGGACAAAUUCAAAAUCCAGAGCAAGAAGGAUCUGUACGAAGCGGUUCUCCGGUCAAUCGACACCGUGAAUAUCGCCGACACGGAGGCGCUGAUACGAUUUAUUAUACGCCGCGUGCCGAUCGUUACGCGAGACGCCCGCGAUCCCGAGUACAGACGGCUGCAUCCUUACGCGUGUUGCAGCGAGGAGGAAUACUUUGCGUACAAUGUCGGUAAACGGCGAGCCAUGGAGUGGUACCGCGCGAAGACGAUCAGAAGCUUUCUACGGAUGAAGCCGAUCCCAAUCGACCAACUAUGGACCAUCAAGGAGAUCAUCCUGUGGGCGAGACUACACGGCUACACACCGAGUCGGAAUGCCUUCGGUGUACAGGAAACAGCCGGAACGAGCGAUACGAAGAAACUACCCGAUACCACGACAUCUGCCACGGUCUUAUCCACGUGUACGGAACCACGUGCGCUGCAUAAGUGGCUGCAGACCUGCCAGCAAGAACCUAAUCGUCAAUCGAAGGAUAAUCAUAUCGAUGACGAAGAGAUCGACGUCGAGAAUGUGAAGGAGAGUCCACGCAGUAUUACAAUCGAUCGGAGAAAAAACGACAGUGAUAAAAAUAGCACGUGUUCAACUGGUUCUACAUUAUUACCGAUUGAACUUGACGAAGAUCUGCUGCCGUUCCAUAAUUUCGUGUGUGACACCGCGCGAGAUAUCGGCAUCAAGAUCACACCAGAGGAGAUUAUUCCCGGUGUUGUAUAUUGUGCUGCUAGUCGUGUAAUGAUGCGGGUUGUCGAAUGUUUCGUGGAGGAUCUCACUCGAUCGUCGUUGGCAAGAGCUUGGGAAAGAAACAGCGGAAAUGAAUGUCCCAAAGUCAUUACGCCAAACGACGUCCGUAACGCUCUCGCAAAUCGAGAAGAAUUCGAUAUUUUCACGAACGAAGGUCUGGGCUCGAGACAAGAAUUAAAUACAACAGAACUAUGACGACACACGUGCAAGCGACCGCUUAG